AUGUCUACAUUGAAUCCAAGAACAACUCAUUAUGAGUUUUCAGGCCCCAUUGGGGCUUUGGCUAUUACAGUUUUCCUUCCUGCAUUGGCUAUUCUACUAAACCAAAUGAUCAGACCUGAUUAUUACAUUAAAGGUUUAUUCAGCAAUUUCAGUUGGAUCGAGGUGUGGAACAGAUUAGAUCCCCUAUCGAGCUAUCUCUUCAACGGGGAAUUAUGGACGUAUUACACCACUUGGUACUUUUCUUUAGCAUUACUGGACGUGAUUUUGCCAGGAACCAAACUAUAUGGUGUAGAAUUGAGAGAUGGAUCCAAAUUGCCAUACAAGAUUAACGGAAUUUCAAUGUCAGCAGCUCUAUGUUUGGUUUUGGCAGCAAGAUACCAAUUGACUAAUGGAGAAAUGCCAGAAUUAGAGUAUUUAUACACUCAUCAGACUGACCUUUGUAUAAUAACCAUCUUGUUUUCCUUUGCAUUGGCCACUGCUGUAUACAUUGCUAGCUUCAUUCCAUUAGUCAAGCCUAACAAAAGUGGAACCAAUGAACGUAUCCUAGCUCUGGGCGGUAAUUCAGGUAACAUUAUCUAUGAUUGGUUUAUUGGUAGGGAGUUGAAUCCUAGACUUGGUCCAUUAGAUAUCAAACUAUUCUCUGAACUUAGACCAGGAAUGCUACUAUGGCUAUUACUAAACCUAUCAUGCUUGCAUCAUUCAUACAAGGAGCAUGGAAAAAUAAUUGACUCUCUAUUGUUGAUAAAUGUUUUGCAAGGUUUCUACAUCUUUGAUGGUGUGCUAAAUGAGGAAGGUGUGCUAACGAUGAUGGACAUUACAACAGAUGGAUUUGGUUUCAUGUUAGCUUUUGGAGAUUUGUGUUUGGUUCCCUUUACCUAUUGUUUACAGGCUCGGUACUUGUCUGUUUCCCCCAUUGUUCUCGGUCCCUUGAAUUGUGGAUUGGUUGUAUCGGUUAUGCUGUUAGGAUACUGGAUCUUCCAUUCUUCGAACAAACAAAAGUCAGAGUUCAGACAAGGAAAUCUACCACAUAUGAAAUCCAUUCAAACCGAAAGGGGCACCAAACUUUUGUGCGACUCUUGGUGGGCAGUAUCACAACAUAUAAAUUACUUUGGUGAUCUAUUAAUUUCAUUGAGUUGGUGUUUGUGUACCGGGUUCCAAACUCCACUAACUUACUAUUACUUCUUCUACUUUACAGCGCUACUCUUGCACAGACAGACAAGGGAUGAAGAUAAAUGUAGAAAGAAGUAUGGAAAAUCAUGGGAGGAGUACGAGAAGAAAGUGCCAUAUAAGAUAAUCCCAUAUGUAUAUUAA